GAUUGAACAUUUUUUUACCAAAUUUAUAAUACAAAUAGAGACAUUUCUAUAUAUAGUAGGAUUUGUUUUUUCUCCGACAAUUUCAAAAUAAAUUUUUAAGAAAAUUUGAGUGUGUGUUUUGGUAAUUUCAGGGGAUAAAUUGCCACUAGGUGCACCAUCACUGAUGAUGUCACCACAAGACGUGAAUAUGGGGAAGAUCAAGCCAGGGCUAUUGAAGAAACGUGACGAUGAGUAUGGAAUCUCGACGGAAUCUUUAAAGACGUCUCGAGUUGGGAUUAUGGGACCGGAGAGGAAAAAUCCGAUGGCUGAUUAUUGGGUUCAUCACGGAAAAGGAUUAGCGGUUGAUAUAAACGAAACUGAGAUGAAGAAAUUUGCUCCGUUUCCGUAAUGAAGUUGGUGUGGAACGAAUAAUAAUAAAAUGUUUGCAUGUCCAAUGUUGUCCAUAAGACCAUAAGUAAUUACAUCUUAUAUAAUACUCUGUUUACUCUGUGUUGAAAUAUGACGUUUUUUGGGAAGAAAUAUGAGCUUCUAUU